UCCCUGUAGCCAUGGCGACGGUGCGUGCGCCGCACCCACGCGGCUCUGAGCCCAACAACAAGCGCAAGCGUCAGCGUCCGAACAAACCCAAGUCCAUGGCUACAUCCUCCACCGAGUCUUCCGUGGAGGCGAAGCUGGAGACGCUCGAAAAAUGGCACCGCGCCUUGACCAUCGACAUGUCGGAGAUCCGACGCGAGGGCGCGCGCGUGCGUAUCGAGCUGGAGAAAGUGGACGACACGGCGGAAGCCGCAGUGGAGAAGGCCGAGCGGUGCGUUGCACAGGCGCAGGCAGCCGUAGCGUCCUUUAAAGCGAAGGACGAGGCCGCUCCGAGCACCCAGGCCAAGCUGCAGGCCACCAAUGCGGAGCUAGACAGACUCCACAAGCGAUUUAUCAGUAUGGAGAAGAAAAUGGAGCGAUACAGACAGAGUAGCAUCAACGAGGAGUUCCUCAUGACGCAGCUUACCGAGCUUCAGGAGCAGUACGAGAACGAACUCACUAAAGUACGAGAAGACCAUGACGCUGCACUGGAAGCUCAACAGAAACAAUUAGACCGAGUGAUGGCUCGUUUACAAGACGAGAAGAAACAGAAGAAACAGAUGGAGAACAUGGUCAGGAUGAUGCAGUGCUUGAGCGAGGAGAACAGUAAACUGAACAAGAAGAUCUCGCAGAUGGCUACACGUCAAGAGAUGCUCACUAUGCAGCAGCAAAUGGAGACCACAGAGAGGGACAAUCAAGAGGAGCAGGGACGUACCAGACUGGAUCUCAAUACAUUUGAAGACAAGCUAGUGGACAUGGAGAGAAGAGUCACAAACGCGGAGAAUAACGUGCUCGAUAUCGACCGGAAAGUGGACGACGUGGGCUCACAAGCGUCCGCUGCAGUGCAGAGUCACCCGAUGCCUCCUCCACUUCCUCCACCACCUCUUCCACGUGAUCUGGUGCGUCAAGGAGACCUCAGUGGGAUCCACGACGCGUUACGACUUAUUAACCGUGACUUGCAAACUGUUGGAGUCGAUUUCACCGGCUUGGCUAAGCGCGCUGAAGCUCAUACAAGCCAGCAGAAGCAGCAUUUUGAAUCGAGACUACAGGAGCUGAGUACACAGCUGUUUGACGCUCUCAGUCACGACUCUCGACUGCAUGCGACCGAGAUCAGUCGACUGAAAGACGCUCUUUUUGACGUGCAAAGCGACCACCGAGAGUUCGGACAGAAAAUGAGACGACUGGAAGACGACGUGCAAGCAAUUCGAGCGCAACCGCGAGAUCGUGGAGCUCCCAAUUGGCGCUAUGGACAGAACCCUCCGCCAUUGCUGCCUACACCUCCACUACCGCACCCUCCACCGCCAGCCUUUCGCAACCGUCGAGAGAGACCUUCACGAUAUGAACCGGCUCCUGAUGCAGCUCCAGCUAUUGAUCCUCCACCUCAAGAUCGCAUCAGAUGGGCCCCUCGAAGGAGAAGUCGUAGUCGCAGUCGGAGUCCUCCACGUCGACCGCCAUGGGCUGCAACUGGCAAUGAUUCGACCCCCGCAAAUGGUCGACGCAACCAACGCUACAAUCCUGAAGGUAACAAUGAUCUUCCUGCGAGAAACAACGUUACGGAGCUAACAGGUGCGCCAGUGCCCGCCAACCCAGAGCAGAACAGGAACGAGGCUGCUGAAACCAACCGGGAGGAGCAACCGGGUCUACCUUUCCGCCGUAUCCGCCAGCCCCGCAGGACUCCAGAGAUUAUCGUUAUCGAAGAGGACGAUGAGGAAGACGAAGAAGAGGAAGUCGAGGAAGGACAGGAAGUGGCCAGAGCCCCUCCGGAUGUAGUUUUGGACGAGGAAGAAGCGUCUCAGAACGCCGAUGUCGUGAUGGUGGACCCACCUACCGAGCACGUAGAAACAACUGAUCUCUUGGAGAAAGAAGCGGACCUACAAACGGGCCUUUUGCUGUACUUUUGCUUGGGCGGCGCCCCCGAUCUUGAUACCCAGUGGACGAAUUGUUUUACCCAGUUGAAUGCCGACGAGUGCGUGGAGAUGCCUCGAGCACUGCGAUUCCAGCGUCGAUACAGUUUCUUACAGAGCUUCCCAGUGUAUUUGACGCAGUGUGUCCUCCAAGCGGUGAUCCUAAACGGUCAAAACGUGGCUGACGGCAGCGAUAAUAGCGCUUCUCGAUCCGCUGGAGCGCUUAACGACGCUAUUAUGCGAGCAAAGUUCAACGAUGUGGUCAAAGAUAUCCAUCUCUCGUGGGCCAAGGCUCUAAAUGAGCUAUUAACAAAAAAAGCUGCCGGUAUAGCCGAGUUAACCUCGGAAAAGCUGGAUUUAACCGUGAACCCAGCAGGACUAUCCAGCUCUGCUGACAAAGUUGAAGUCAUUUACGACUGGAGUCGACGCCAAGAGUCCGUCAUGUGGAUUCUGGCUCGAAAGCUGCACUACGGAUCGUUCUUACCAGCAAUGAAGUGCAACGUGGACGCAUCUCCGGCUGUUUAUCUGUUUACCGUCAUGUUUGACGUGCGUAUAGUGACGAGCGAAUGUCCUCAGUACGGCACCUUUCGACUGAAUGCUUUUGGUGGUAAAGUUAUUGCGUAUCUAUGGAAUCACACGCUCAAGAAGCUCCCGUAUGUGUUCUUUGCUGACUGGCCGUGGCUCGAAGACCAGUCCACAAAGGAGAAGCUCCCAGCCUUGGCUUUUUGCCAUGUACUGGCCAGUAUUUUACUCUGGAAUAGUGCGAUUGACCACCACAGUUUAACGAACCAAAACAUCUACGCUGCUGCAGUCAAGCACAUUCUACCCAAACUCUACGUUGGCGGUCAAGCGAUUUAUGAAUCCGUGGAGUCCACAUCUCUAUUACUGGCUGAGUGUGAGUCUACAUAUAUUGAACUAAUCGAUCUAGACGGCCAAUUCGCGUCAAUUCUCGGCCUGGAUGGUUUCUUUGAAGUCACGGAAGCUAUUCAGAACAACAUGUUAGCUGUGGCUACAGCUACGACAGCUACGUCUACUUAAGUCGUUGUGCAUUAUUAUGAAGUAUCUGCCUAAAUUUUAC